AUGGUAUCGCUCGGGAUUUGCCCUGGCGAUGUCGUGCUGAUCGUCCUGGGCAACAGCAUCGAGUUCGUGGUGCUCUUCCUCGGCGUCUUGGCGCUCGGCGCGACUGUGACGACGGCGAAUCCGCAGAAUACUGUCAAGGACAUCCAGCGCCAGGUCGCGGAUUCUCGUGCCAGGUUCGUCUUCUCGUCCGGGAGCUUGGCUUCCAAGAUCCAGGAGCUGCGAUUGCCGAUGCUCCUCGUCGGUAAGCCAGGAUUUCCUGUCAGCCAUGUCUCCUACGAGGAUUUGCUGGACGAUGGGAAUUCCAGCGCCAUGGAUUUGCCAGCGAAGAAGAAGCUCAGUCCAGCGGCAUUGCUCUACUCCUCCGGGACGACUGGCGUGAGCAAAGGAGUGAUUCUAUCGCAUGGAAACUUGGUCGCGGCCAUGGAAACGCUCUACACCGCUCGAAAGGAGCCAGUGCCGGAGGACGAGGUCUCGCUCGGAAUGCUUCCAUUCUUUCACAUCGCUGGACUGAUCUAUGGGGUACUGGCCACGAUCUACAGUGGAACAACGAUGGUGGUGGUCGCAAAGUUUGAGCUCCUGGAGAUCUUCGAGACCAUCGAGCGCUACAAGGUGACGCAAAUGACCGCGGUCCCUCCAAUGAUCAUUGCGUUUAUCAAGCACCAUAGCUCGAGCAAGAGGUAUGACCUGAGCUCUCUCUCGCGCGUGGUGUGUGGUGCCGCGCCCCUCGGGAGAGAGACUCACGAGGCUUUUCUUCGCUUGUAUCCACAGGUGGCUCGAUUUCCACAGGCUUAUGGCAUGACGGAGACGACGGGACUGGGAUUUGGAGCUUCCAAAGAUACUGUGGUCGGCUCGGCUGGGAAGAUCAUGCCGGGUUUUGAAGCGAAAGUUGUGGAGGUAGGCACUGGUCGAACUCUCCCUCCUGGUUCGCAAGGAUAUCUUAACAAUCCCAAAGCAACUUCCGAGACCAUUGACAAGGAUGGAUGGCUGCAUACUGGGGACCUUGUCCUCCUUGACACGGAUGGAAACAUGUUUGCCAUGGAUAGGCUCAAAGAGUUGAUCAAGUACAAGGGCUUUCAGGUAUUUCCGCUCGAUGACGCGUUAUUUCCAAACGAAGAGGCAGGCGAGGUCCCCCUUGCUUAUGUCGUUCGUGUACCUCAUUCCACUCUCUCCGAAGCGGAAGUUGUGGAUUUUGUUUCGAAACAGGUUUGGGCAAGAAACCAGAAUGCGUUUCUAAGAUUGCUUCGCACAGGUCGCUCCCUACAAGAGAGUCAGACAAGUGCGAUUCCUGGACGCCAUACCAAAGUCUGCCACGGGAAAGCUCUUGAGAAGAGAACUCGUCGCUCGUUCUCGCUCCAGGCUUUGAAGGUGUUUGCGUGGUGCACGAGUGAAAGGCUUGAGAAUGUUCCAAGAGAUGCCUUGGAGUUGACGAUUCAUGUGAAUGCUAUGUGCUUGCUGGAAUCGCAUUGCAGCGAGCUAUGCUUCGUCCGCAAGAUUCUUGCCGUCCCAGCAUUGCUUUGCGUGCCGUCCAUCGACCGCUCGAACUGA